AUGAUUCUCCGCGCCGUCGCCUCGGCCAACUCAAUGUUCCCCGACGGAUCAACCGUGGACGAGCUGGUCAACUCGCUGCAGCGCAAGAUGCUGUACGAGCAGGCAGUCGAACCGGCCGCCGCCAAUCCGGCCGUCCAGCAGUUUGUCCAGUCCGGACGUCACGCAGCCGGGGCCGGUUUUUUUGCACUUGAGGAGACUAUCGUGGAAGCGACCACCCCGGAGGUCAGCACGACGAAGGUUACCACGGAAUCGCUGAAGGAAUCCCUGCGGAAACCUCGCCGUCGGAAGACCGAACCGACUCGAAGCAACAAGAUCUUCCAGCGGAAGUUGAUUCAGUGGUCACCGCAGCAGUCAGUGGCCAACUCAUUGUUCCCCGGCGGAUCAACCGCGACCAAGCAGUCCAACUCGAUUCUUCACUGUAUGAAGGCGCUAAGCUGCAUCGGCGUCUGUUCGGUGCUGGCAGCACUGCUUGUUGGUGUCUACUCGGCUCCAAAUCCGUGCGAGAACUUUUCGGAAGGUCUGGUAUGCAACGAAACGCACUACGAAAGGUAUCGACAGUGCAUAGAAGAAUCGAAAACGGUUCGCCAGAAGCGACAGUCACUGUGCGAACAGCUGGCGAAGCUCCAGGAAGGUCCCACGCUGGUAGAAGCGGCUCAAGCCGAUGAGGCAGUUGUGGUGUUACCUUCCGUUCAGGUUAUUCCUGCAUUGGAAUCUGUUAAAACAGUUGAUCCGAUUGAAACCAACGAUAUUCCGGACCUGGAUCCGCCCAGCAUUGAGUUGAAGUCUCUCAAUCGGAAGGUAAUUAUUCAAGGAGACGACGAGGACGAAGAGUACGAGUACCACGUACCGACGAACGUAACGACCGUGAUCCGACUGACCAACGUGGUCAACAACACGAACGUGGUAAACGUCCCGACGCACGUCAACACGACCAACGUGAACAACAUCCACAUCUACUCGAACAUUACCGGAGUCGGCGAUGAUCAGCCAGCGUCCGGAGAAGAAGCAGAGAAGUGCUGCACGGCUGUUCGACCAAAGACCUGUCACGCAUCGACGCAAGGAUUCAAGUGUCAGCACAAAAAGUUUCGAACCUGUGGACCGCAGUGCACGUCCAAGAUCGUUCACGUGCAGCGGAGAAAGCGUUGCGAUCGCAAUGGAAACUGCAAGGAAAAGCUCGCGUACGUGCCGCAACCGGAGAAGCCCACCUGCGUCUACGUCGAUCAGUGGCCGUUCAUCGCCUGUGGCAAGCCGGCUAACAUGGAAGUCAUCUGCGAUGGAUGCUACGAUCACUACGGGUACGGAUACGAUGCAUUCAACGGUCCAGUGCCAGCCCAAUGCCAAGGUUGUUACGACGAUGCGAUCGAUCAAGGUCCGCUGUACCGUCGAGGUCCGGUUUUGCAACCCUUCUAUUACCACGAACCUCCGUGCUACCUCACCGGAUCGUGUCCCCCGACUUACGGCGAUUGCGGUUACGGAUGCUUCGGACACCAGAUGAUCGAUCCGGCGUGGGGACCACAGGCGUCCCAGUACGAUCCCAUGAUGGACCCCUCCAACACCGGUUACUACGAGGAAGAUCUGCAACUCUCCAACGGAACCGAUACGGACUGGGGCGUUCCCGUGCACAAGUGUACCGUCGUGUCAGAGGACAACACCAUCUCCGUGCAGAACUGCACCAGCGGCGUGGACAACCAGUACGCGGCAGCACCGUCCAACUAUCCGUACUACAAACCGAUGCAGUAUCCUCCAGCAAACCGGCGGUCACCCUACACGGUCAAACAGCGACAGCAGCGGCCAGAGGUGGACGAACGGGAACCGGCGUCCGGCUUCGGUUCGGAAAACGUCGCGUUCGUCGUAGACGACGAAGAAGAUUACGAUUUUGACCUGUAGUGAGCGUGUGCUCAGUUGUGAAUCACCCCUUUGAUGGACGGCAGCUCUGC